AAUUGACACAUGGAAUAACAUCAUAAUUACAUUGGCUCCCCCGUUUUUAAACUAUUUUUUAGUUUGGAUUCACAUAACAAAUCUCAUCCUUUUUUUUUUACAUGUAUAUCAAAAUAACAGCUUUUUGGAGCACUUAGGAGUUAGAACUCUUACAACAGUAAAAUUCCUAUAUAUUAGAACUCUUACAACAGUAAAAUUCCUAUAUACAUAUCAUAUAUAGUUAUCAUAUACAACCUAAACAAAUCUCACUCUUGUCAUUAUUCAUGUAUACGAUUUCAUCCUUUCAUUGUCAAUAGAAUUAUGUUUUAAUCUCCAUGCUAUAGCAUUUUGUUGUUGUCGUUAUUACCAUCUCUGUGCAGUUUAUAAUUGAUAUGUGAUCCAACACAUGCUUUUGUUGGGUUGUUAUGGGUUUCUUUGAUUCUUUUCUGGGAAAACAUGCCAGAAAGUUCCUCAAAAGGAAAGACAGUGAUGCCGGAGAAGCAGGUCGAGCAUUGGAAGAACUCAAAAGUUCUCUCUUCAAUGAGCUACGAACCUCUGAAGGUGCUAAGCGCCAACAGCAACGAUUUUGUGGACCAGUUGUGGCGUUGACAUUUAAUUUCAUGGUUGCUGUAGGCAUUAUUAUGGCAAACAAAUUAGUGAUGGGAAAAGUUGGAUUUAACUUCCCAAUUCUUCUCACAUUAAUCCACUACACUACAGCAUGGCUUCUACUUGCUAUUUUCAGGGCACUAUCAAUACUCCCAAUCUCCCCUCCAUCCAAAACUACUCCCUUCUCUUCUCUCUUCUCAUUGGGAGCUGUCAUGGCUUUUGCCUCUGGCCUUGCCAAUACCAGCCUAAAGCAUAACAGUGUAGGUUUCUACCAAAUGUCUAAAAUUGCUGUCACACCUACCAUUGUUAUUGCAGAGUUCAUCCUCUUCAGUAAAACCAUUUCCUCCAAAAAGGUUUUGGCUCUGGCUGUUGUCUCCGUAGGUGUGGCAAUAGCUACUGUAACAGAUUUGGAGUUCAAUUUAUUUGGUGCUUUAGUUGCAAUUGCAUGGAUAAUUCCAAGUGCCAUAAACAAAAUCUUGUGGUCCAGAUUACAGCAGCAAGGCAAUUGGACUGCUUUGGCGUUGAUGUGGAAGACUACCCCAGUUACAAUUUUCUUCUUACUAGCUCUGAUGCCAUGGUUGGAUCCACCAGGAAUUCUAUCAUUUAAGUGGGAUCUCAGCAACUCUACUGCUAUUCUUAUAUCAGCUGCCCUUGGUUUUUUACUACAAUGGUCUGGAGCUUUGGCACUUGGAGCAACAUCCGCGACUUCUCAUGUUGUCCUAGGACAAUUUAAGACCUGUGUGAUACUACUUGGAGGCUAUUUUAUUUUCAAUUCAGAUCCAGGGUUUGUAAGCAUCUGUGGAGCUAUAACAGCUCUUAUUGGAAUGUCAGUUUAUACAUCACUUAACUUGCAAGAAUCAGGUGAAAGUUCGAGUAAGCAACUUCCAACUCCUGUAAAACCAAAGGAUGAAGAGAGCACAGAGUUGGACAUCAAAGAUAGCGCAAAUGUAGUCUAAAAUAACUCAAAGAUUAUUACAUUCUCUCUAUGAAUGCAUGUGAGAGAAAAAGAGACACAGGUUCUUGGUACCAUCCCCUUGGGCUGGGUGCCAAGUGCCAACUCUUAGUUUUUUUAGUUUUUUUACAUGGGAUGUUUUGUGUACAGACAAAAGAGUAAUCGCAGUUUUGAAUUUAAUCAACCAAAGUACAAAGAUCAUUUGAACUGUCUUA